AUGUCGGCGAGAAUCCCUGCUAUUGCUGUAAAUCGCGUCAGCGACGCUGCCAAGAGACAGCUUGACCUGGUGGCCAAGUUUGUCGAGGAGGAAUGCAUCCCAGCUGACCCCGUCGUCGAGGCCCAAACGGGCGAGGGCGAUGCGCGAUGGGAGGGCCACCCCUCCAUCAUCGAGGACCUCAAGACCAAGGCGCGGGCCCUCGGCCUCUGGAACAUGUUCCUCCCCAAGGGCCACUACAAGGAGUCUCCCGGCUUCACCAACCUCGAGUACGGUCUCAUGGCCGAGUGGCUCGGCCGCUCUCACGUGGCCUCGGAGGCGUGCAACUGCGCGGCUCCCGACACGGGCAACAUGGAGGUGCUGGCCAAGUACGGCAACGAGGCUCAGAAGCAGCAAUGGCUCAAGCCUCUCAUGGAGGGCAAGAUUAGGUCUGCGUUCCUCAUGACGGAGCCGCAGGUCGCGUCGUCGGAUGCUACCAACAUUGAGCUGGACAUUCGACGUGAGGGUAAUGAGUAUGUCCUCAAUGGGCAGAAGUGGUGGUCUAGUGGUGCUGGUGAUCCUCGGUGCAGCAUCUACAUCGUCAUGGGCAAGACGGAUGCCAACAACAAGGACCCCUAUCGUCAGCAGUCGGUUGUCCUGGUGCCUGCCGAUACUCCCGGUAUUACCAUUAACCGUAUGCUGAAUGUCUAUGGCUACGAUGAUGCGCCCCACGGCCACGGUCAUCUCACAUUCAAGAACGUGAGGGUGCCUGUAUCCAACAUUGUCCUGGGUGAGGGACGAGGCUUUGAGAUUAUCCAGGGCCGUCUUGGACCUGGCCGCAUUCACCAUGCUAUGCGAACCAUUGGCGCUGCCGAGCGUGCCCUCGACUGGAUGCUCCUCCGUGUCAACGACGAGUCCAAGAAGCCCUUUGGCAAGCUCCUCCGCGAGCACGGCGUGAUCCUCGAGUGGAUCGCCAAGUCACGCAUCGAAAUCGACGCAGCCCGCCUCAUCGUGCUCAACGCAGCCAUCAAGAUGGACGAGCUAGGCCCCAAGAAGGCCCUCAAGGAGAUCGCGCAGGCCAAGGUGCUCGUCCCGUCGACUGCCCUCACCGUCAUCGACCGCGCCGUGCAGGCGUUUGGCGGCGCGGGCGUCUCGCAGGACACGCCGCUCGCAUACAUGUGGGCUGGCAUCCGCACGCUGCGGCUGGCCGACGGACCUGACGAGGUGCAUCUGCAGCAGAUGGGUCGCAACGAGAACAAGCGCGGUCCUGAGGCGACGGCCAUCAUCAAGAGGCAGAGGGCCAAGACGGAGGAGCUGCUCAAGGAGUAUGGAGUCGAGAGGAGACAGCCGGGAGCAAGGAUACAGCACAAGCUGUAG